UGCAUUUUUUUUUCCCUCCUGGCUUUCCUCCAAGGACCUUUCCUGCUUGUUUGCUGCACUCUCAAGAUGAAGCCCCCGGCGGCUGUGGCGGUGCUGGCUGCCCUGGUGCAGGUUUCGCAGACUUUCCCUGCCUUGCACCACCGAGCUUGGUGGAGGCUGCUGAGGGAAGGAGGGAGCUGCGGCCAGUGCGACCCGGCCCUCUGCUCGGAGCCCACGCACUGCCCCGCCGGCACCGUCCUGGAUCGCUGCGGCUGCUGUCCGGAAUGCGGGGACGCGGAAGGCCCGAUCUGCGACCUGGACCCGGGCAACCACUUCUACGGGCAGUGCGGGGACAACCUGGAGUGCCGGCUGGACGAGGCGAGUGUCGGGGAGGUGCCGGAGCCCCAGUGCGUGUGCAAGGCUCAGGAGAGCGUCUGCGGCCCCGACGGGAAAACCUACGAGAACAUCUGCCAGUUCAGCAAGGCUCACGCCGCGAGAGGGAACGUCAGCGUGAAGCACCGGGGACCCUGCGAAUCAGCUCCUGUGAUUUCUGUGCCACCUCAGGACACCCAGAAUUUCACUGGCAAUGAUAUCAUCUUUGGCUGUGAGGUGUCAGCCUACCCUCUGCCGCACCUCGAAUGGAAAAAAAAAGGGAGUAAAAUGUUUCUGCCAGGAGAUGACGCCCAUAUCUCAGUACAGGCAAGAGGUGGGCCUCAGAAGUAUGGUGUGACUGGCUGGCUGCAGAUUCAAGGUCUCAAAAAGUCAGAUGAGGGCAUCUACAUCUGCCAUACCAGAAAUAAGUACGGCGCAACAUACGCCUCUGCGAGAUUGAAAGUGAUCGACGGUUCAUCUUCCACGUUUGCAUUUACAGCUGGCGGUAGAAGCACGAGCUACAACACGGAUUACGACGCUUAUUAUGACCACUCCGAGGAGGAGGAUGAGGAUGAAGAAUAUGAAUCUGGAAACUAUGAAAACUGAAACCAGCUAUAAUAAUUUUUAUACAUCUAUUGUCCAAUACCUUUCACAUUCAGUUGUAUUUACUAGUGUAAUCUGUGCUGUAAAAGGCUGCUCUGGUAACACUAAUAUUCACCUGCGCAUUCCACCUUUCUCAAGGAGUUCAGCUUGGGCUGAAAUAUAUUGUGCUACUUACCACAAAUGAGAACAGAUAUAAGUUCCUAUAUUUAGACUGUUGAAUAAAAUUCCUAAAUAUGCAUCUG